ACAAACAUAGUUGCAUUGCUAAAUAUAAAUAUUUAGUAUUAUUUUUAUCUUAUCUAUCAUUUUACUUUUAUUCAUGUAAUUUACAUCAACUUUCAACAGGCUUAUUGCAUUAAAUAAAUCCACAUUAACUAUGAUUUUAAUACAAUUAUUACCUUGUCUAUAAAUUAUUACUUAUGUUAAAUUCUUAACAUUAUGUAUAUUGACAAUUGGCAAUCCAGCAUCGGUUUAAUUCAAGUUUAAUCUGCAUUAUUGUAAUCCAUUUGUAAUCAUAACCUUGAAUUUUGACGUAACGUUGUAAUCAAUUCACAAAUUUUUGUUUCAUUUAAAACACUUAUUCAGUAAAAUAGAAGAAAUUUUUUUGAAAUACUCUAAUAUUUGAAGCUAUAUAUAAAUGUAUUCAUUAACAAAAACAUGAAAUAAAAUGAAAUUUCAACCGCAAAAAUAUGGAUCAUCCACAUAUACAGACAGCGGAAGAUCUUGUCAAUGUAGUUGGAUCAAACGAUCAAAGAUCUAUUCAAACCAACAAAAGUAGCAGCAGAGAAUCAAGCAGGUAUUGUUGGGUAUGUUUUGCAACUCAAGAAGAAGACACUGAAGCAGAAUGGGUGCAACCAUGUCGAUGUCGUGGAACUACAAAAUGGGUACAUCAAGCUUGUCUACAACGUUGGGUAGAUGAAAAACAAAAAGGUGGCAAUGAAGGAAAAGUAGUUUGUCCACAAUGUCAAACAGAAUAUAUUAUUGUCUUCCCAAAUAUGGGCAUAAUGGUUUUACUACUAGAUACAGUUGAUUCAUUUAUAUAUAAAGGAUGCCCUUUUCUGGCAGCAGGAAUAGUUGUGGGGGCAAUUUAUUGGUGUGCUGUAACUUAUGGAGCGAUUACUAUAAUGCAGGUAGUAGGGCAAAAAGAAGCAAUUACUGUGAUGGAAAAUGCUGAUCCAUUAGUAUUACUAAUAGGAUUACCAGCUAUCCCAAUUGCCUUAGUGGUUGGUAAAAUGGUACGCUGGGAAGAUGCAGUCCUCACUUUUAUGAGAAAAUACCUUGUAAAAGUACCACUUAUUAAACUUGACGUGCGACCUCCUUCUUCAAGAACAGAUGCUGACAUACCAGCAUUAUCAGAUCCUGUUUCAGCUACACGCGUCCUUUGUGGGGCUCUUUUAUUGCCAACAAUUGCUAACAUAUUUGGAAAACUAUUUUUUGAUUCAGUAAAAUCGAAUUUCCACAAAACAAUUCUAGGUGGAUUAACCUUUAUAGCAGUUAAAGGCUGUCUGAAAAUUUACCAUAAGCAGCAGCAAUAUAUUAGGCAAUGUCAGAGAAAAAUUUUGAACUACACAGAAUCAAAUAUUUCCAUGUAUCUACAUAGGCGACAGGAAUAGUCAUUAGAUUAAGCAGAUAUUUAUAUUUUAACUAAUUUGUAUUUUUAAAAUACAAGUUUCUUUUCCACUUGGCCUUUAUAAUGUGCAGCGCUCAAAAUCUUACGACAUUAUGCUAUCUAAUCUAAAAUUUUAUUUG